GGAAGAAGGAAGAAGGAAGAAAAAAGAAGAAAGAAGCAUGAAGGAAGAAGGAAGAAGGAAGAAGGAAAAAAAAAGAAAGAAGGAAGAAGAAAGAAAGAAGAAAAAGGAAGAAGAAAGAAAGAAGAAAGAAGAAGGAAGAAAGAAGAAAGAAGGAAGAAGGAAGAAAGAAGAAGGAAGAAGAAGAAUAAAGAAGAAAGAAGGAAGAAGGAAGAAGGAAGAGAGAAGGAGGAAGAAGGAAGAAGGAAGGAGGAAGAAGGAAGAAAGAAGAAAGAAGAAAGAAGAAGGAAGAAAGGAGAAGGAAGAAGGAAAAAGGAAGAAGAAAGAAGGAAAAAGGAAGAAGAAAGAAGGAAAAAGGAAGAAGAAGGAAGAAAGAAGAAGGAAGAAGGAAGAAGGAAAAAGGAAGAAGGAAGAAGGAAGAAGGAAGAAAGAAGAAGAAAGAAGGAAGAAGGAAGAAGGAAGAAGGAAGAAAGAAGAAGAAAGAAUAAAGAAGGAAGAAGGAAGAAGGAAGAAGGAAGAAGGAAGAAGGAGGAAGAAGGAAGAAGGAAGAAGGAAGAAGAAAUAAGGAAGAAGGAAGAAGGAAGAAGGAAGAAGGAAGAAGGAAGAAGGAAGAAGGAAGAAGGAAGAAGGAAGAAGGAAGAAGGAAGAAGGAAGAAGGAAGAAGGAAGAAGGAAGAAGGAAGAAGGAAGAAGGAAGAAGGAAAAAGGAAGAAGGAAGAAGGAAGAAGGAAGAAAGAUAAAAGAAGAAGGAAGAAGGAAGAAAGAUAAAAGAAGAAGGAAGAAGGAAGAAGAAAGACGGAAGGAGAAAGAAGGAAGAAGGAAGCAGGAAGCAGGAAAAAGGAAGAAGGAAGAAGAAAGAAGGAAGAAGGAAGAAGGAAGAAGGAAGAAGGAAGAGGAAGAAGGAAGAAGGAAGAAGGAAGAAGGAAGAAGGAAGAAGGAAGAAGGAAGGAAGAAGAAGGAAGAAGGAACAAGGAAGAAGGAAGGAAGAAGAAGGAAGAAGGAAGAAGGAAAAAAGAAGAAGGAAAAAGGAACAAGGAAGAAGGAAGAAGGAAAAAGGACGAAGGAAGGAAGAAGAAAGAAGGAUAAAGAAAGAAGGAAGAAGAAAGAAGGAUAAAGAAAGAAGGAAGAAGAAAGAAGGAAGAAGGAAGAAAGAAGAAGGAAG